AUGCAGUCGAAAGGCGCAACUGGAACGCUCCGAUGGCAUGUCGGAGAUAUCGUCGGAACCAGGGGUGUGGCGGGGCUCUAUCGCGCCAUUGCCCCGACGGUGCUGCGGGCAGGCAUCUUAACAGCUUCUCAACUUGGGACGUACGAUCAUGCCAAGCAUACGUGAGUCAAAAAUGAAAGGCAAAAGGAAGAAUCUUCUAUCCGUGUAGCGAGUUUGCUGACACUGGAAUACGUGACUCUUCGCCACAACACGGCGAACUGAGCAGCCUGAUGAACGACUUUCCAGACACGUUCCGGGAAGGCUUUCGCACCCACUUCAUUGCCAGCGGGGUGGCAGGAUUCACGUGUUCCAUAGUCUCCAGCCCAGGUAUUUCACAAUCAACUGCAUUGGGUUGAUCAAAGCUUUUGAACCCGCUAACUUCACUCCUCUGGGCUGCAUCGUUCCGCAGUCGACGUCGUCAAGGUUGGUCGCCAGGACCUUGCGCGCCGAGCUUGGUUCGGCACCUUGGCAUGGACAAGCCUGACUCGAACUUCUGUGCAUCCUACAGGUUCGAAUAAUGUCGGAUGUUACUGGCCAGUACCGAAACACUCUCCAUUGCGCGGCCAUGGUAUUGCGGAACGACGGACCGUUGGCCUUUUAUCGGGGUCUCACAAUGUGCUUCUUGCGCCUCUGGCCGCAUUCGGUCCUUUCGCUGCUAUUCUUCGAAAACCUCCGCUCGCUGACCGGUUUGGCGCCCAUCUAACUGUUGUAUAA